UUCGCUGUCACUGUGCGUCCCCGCUGGUUCAUUUUCGUCUGCAGCGUUUUGGGGCAGCGAAACGCUGCCUUUUGGCGACGUCAAAGCGGCCAACAGCGACGCACGCGGCGGCCGAGGCCGAAGAACCACCACCACUCCUCCUCCUCCCACUCGCGUACGUCCUCCUCACGGCAUCAGAUCAUUAGUCGAUCUCUUUGAAGAUGUACGGCGACGGAAAGACAGUGUCCGGCGGCCAUUACUUCAGCUUCCUGCUAAGUUGGAUGCCAAGAGAAUCUUUCUGUUGGUGUUCUUCAGUCAGUCCAAGGCAAUGAGCAGCCACAGUUUGAUCACAAUUAAACAACAUAAUUCUUCUGACGGAGCCAACCAGCAGAAUUCAGCAGUUCAAUCUUCUAACUCCCCUCUAUUGUUCAGUGGUGAGGAUGAACACGCCGAUGACAUGGUGAAGGAUUUCCUUAAUCUGUCUACCGAUGCUUCACACGCUAGCGAUGGUUUAGCUCACAGUGAGCAAAUAGAAUUGCAAAUAUUGUCUGAACAACUUGGUAUCGAGAUCACAGAUCACUGGGAAAGCCCUCGUUUGGAUGACAUAUGCUGGAGGUCCCAAGUCCCAUCUCUUUCACCAUCUUCUAACCGUGAUGAGAAUGUUCAGCCUCGUUUGCAAACAACCUCAACCUCAACCUCAUCUGCAAACAAGCGAAGAUUAAGAUGGACGGUGGAGCUCCAUGAGCGAUUUGUAGAUGCUGUGAACAAGCUUGAUGGGGCCGAGAAGGCAACUCCGAAGGCUGUACUGAGGCUCAUGAAUGUCGAAGGGCUGACUAUUUACCAUGUAAAGAGUCAUUUGCAGAAAUAUCGACUUGCUAAGUAUCUCCCAAAGACCACAGAAGACAAAAGGGCUUCCGUUUCAGAAGAUAAGAAAGAACCAUCAGUUAGUGAUGACACUGAUUUGGACAAGAUGAGGAGCAUUCAAGUCACAGAAGCUCUCAGGAUGCAAAUAGAGGUUCAAAAACUGCUGCACGAACAACUCGAGGUCCAACGAGCACUUCAAUUACGCAUAGAGGAAAACGCAAGCUACUUGCAGAAAAUUCUUGAAGAACAGCAAAAAAGCAAGUCCCUUUAGUUCCUAGCAAAGUUCAAGUUCAGCAACACAGUAUAUGAUUCAGAAAGUGAUUCCAAAUCUGCCGGGAGUUCCGAGCUUAUUAUUGUUCUAGCUGCUGCUCUCGUCCUCGCUCCACUGCCACCACUUCUGGUGCGUAGAGGUGGUAGAUGAGUAGGGCAAGUUCUGGAGAUCAGCAAACUCGCCAUCUAAAAAUUAUCUUCUUGGUGUCUCAAUUGAUUUCUUCUACCUUUUCUGGAAUCUGGAUGGCCCUCAUCUCUUUCACAGAGGAUCGAUCGGUGGGACAAUUGGCGAUGUCUCGAAUCAGUUCUUGUUAAAAAUUUGAUCUCGAAUCGGGAAGGGAAGAGGACAAAACAGGGCGAGGAGGAGUGCCGUGUGUUGCCACCAUUGGUCAUUGGCCGAGCUGAUGAAGCUCAUGGCUCCAAUGGACAUUUCCAAUGAUUAAAUUUUUUCAAUAAGUUGUUUUUAUAGUGAUAAUAUAAAAA